AUGUUCCAUUUUCCAUUUUUAACCUUUAUUUCUAUUUUUAUCUGUUUAUCUUGUUUAGUAGUUAUUUCUCAUGCAAUAAACAAUGGUGUUAGUGUCGAGCUUAUUCACCGUGAUUCUUUCAAAUCACCACUUUACAAUCCAACACAAACUAAACUUCAAAGAAAUUUCAAUUUUGUGCAACGGUCAAUCAACCGUGCUGAUUAUUUCUUCAAAGAACUUUCUUCUACUAAAAACAAACUUGAGUCAUAUAUGCCCUCUGAUAAUGGUGAAUAUCUCAUGAGUUAUUCCGUUGGUACCCCACCCUUUAAGGUUUAUGAGAUUUUAGAUACUGGUAGUAACUUAAUUUGGCUUCAAUGCAAACCUUGUAAAUGUUACAACCAAACCACUCCUAUUUUUGAACCUUCAAAAUCUUCGAGUUACAAAAAUAUUCCAUGCUCUUCUAGAAUAUGCAAGUCUAUGGAAGAUACUUCUUGUUCUUAUGGUAGAGAUGCUUGCCAAUAUACAUUGGAUUAUGGUCAUGGAUCAUAUACAUAUGGAGAUCUUAGUCUAGAGACUCUGACAUUGGAUUCUGCCUCCGGAUCUUUUGUCUCAUUUUCUAAAAUUGUUAUACAAUGUGGACAUAAUAAUAGUGAACCAAUGUAUAAUGGUCCAAAUUCAGGUGUAAUUGGCUUUGGAAGUGGAGAUACGUCACUAAUAAAACAAUUAGGAUCUUCAAUUGGGGGAAAAUUCUCAUAUUGCUUUAUUGAUGAGUACAAUAGCAGGUCUAAUAAAUCUAGCAAACUCAAUUUUGGAGAUCAAGCUGUUGUUACCGGAGAUAAUGUUGUUUCAACUCCUAUAGUCAAAAUGGCAGGGAACAGACAAAAAGAUUAUUACUACUUAAUUAUGAAAGCAUUUAGCGUGGGAAAUAAAAGAAUAAAGUAUAAAGGAUUUAAACGUGAAGGAACAAAUGCUUCUACGCAUAAUAUCAUAAUUGACUCCGGUACAACGGCAUGUAUUCUUCCACAUCGCGUUUACUAUAAGAUGGAAUCAGCUAUGAAAAAAGUGGUUAAAUUACCGCGUUUUCAUGAUAACACAGAUACAUUUCCUCUUUGUUACAAUACCACAUCCAAACAAAACUUUCCACAAAUUACAGCACAUUUUAAAGGCGCGGAUGUUAAGAUAGAUCCUCAAGGCGUCUUUUAUUCCCUAUACAAGGGAGUUGAAUGCUUUGCAUUUCUGCCAUAUAAAAAUGGAUUAGGCAUCUUUGGAAACAUGGCACAAAUAAAUUAUUUGGUUGGUUAUGACCUCAACAAAAAUAUUGUCUCUUUCAAGCCUACUGAUUGUACUAAGUAUUGA